CGACAUUAACACAACAACAGUGCUUUAGACGUUCCUUUUUUCGUAUCUCAUAAUCCCGCGCCGCUUCUUUCCGUCGAUUUUCGACAUACGUUGAACAGGACCGGCAUUGUCUGGACCAGGCGCUUGUUCUAUCAGUCACAUACAAAGAGCCACCAACUCCCUCUUUGUGUGGGUUUGAUAUUUUAAAAAAGGUCCUUGGAGUUGCUCCGCCCUGUCGCAAAAUUUUCCCUGUGUAGACGACAAAACCUACACUCUAUGGCUCAGCUGUCAUACUAGAUCUCGACUCCCCUCGCCCUUCGAGAUCUCCCGACUCUUCGGCUCUGGAAGCACUGGCACGGCGCGGAUCAUCCCCCCGUCCAACUUGUCCUCCAGCUGCUCGAAGCAGUUCGUACCUCGCCGCCUACCCGAUCCCCAGAACCGAUCCAUCAGCCGCCAAAAUGCCGGGUGGCGUAUGUGCCGUGCUCGACUAUGAAGUCGAGCCCAUGGCCGACUAUGUUUCGGAGAUGGCAACCCGGAUCGUGAUGCCUCAGCGCCAAGUCAACCCAGCGUUCCGAAAGUUCGUGUCGCAGAUCUUGACCUCGACCCGCCUUCCGAGCACUACCAUUCUCCUUGGCAUGAACUAUCUGGCCAAGCGCAUCAACAUGAUGCAUGCCGCUGGGCAGGCAAACCACACUGAGGGCCAGAUCUGGCGCAUGCUCACCAUCUCAUUGCUUCUCGGGAGCAAGUUUCUGGACGACAAUACGUUCCAGAAUAAGUCUUGGUCGGAAGUGAGUGGCAUCCCGGUCCAGGAGCUCAACACUCUGGAAUACGAGUGGUUAGGUGCUAUUCAGUGGUGCCUCUACGUCAACCUGGACGGGAGCAAGGACUACCAGGCCUGGCUGUCGAACUGGAAGGAGUGGCAGGAGACGAAGAAGAGGCAGCAGCAAGCCAGCCGCGACCGCCUGGCUGGCAUUGUGUCGCCCGUCGAACCCGAGAUGUCACGGUCCCGCGCUCAGCAGCUGUACUCCGCCUGGCAUCAGCAGCAGGUUGCCGAGUAUGAGCGCUUGUCCAGUUCGAAGCGCAACCAGGCGCCGUCGACGACCUCUUUCCGGCAUGACCCGUCCCCGUGGUCGUAUUCUCUGGCCUCGUGGUCACAGGCGGCUCCGCUCACGCCCCCCGAUUCGGGGUACGGUACUCCGGAGUACGCUAAUUCGACCGCGCUGGUCAACUCGAACUACGCGGAGUGGUUCGAUGGCGCACUCGUUGGCAGCAACAGCAGCUCGAGACAUUAUCAAUCACCACCCUACGCCGGCUUCCGCCAUGGCAACCAUACCUCUCGCAACCCCGGCAGCUAUGGUAACUACUACGGUUACGGCCACAACAUCUGGGAGCACCCGGGCGUUACGGACUGCAACUGCGGCAGCUGCGGUGGCCUGCACAGCAAGGCUCCCGGGUAUUUUGGCGGCCACGGCUAUGGACAAGCCGUUGUUGGCUAAUGGGACAGCCCCAGCGGCCACGACAUUGGGUUGAUGAAUCUAUCGGCGCGUUUCGGCGUUCUUGCUGCCAUCUUUUGAUUGGGACUUUCUGCGGGGCGCAGUUCUGCUCUUCCCUCGCAUCACUACCUGGACCCAGGUUUCAUUCAGGGCACAUCGGAGAUUCGAUACAUUUGCAUUCAGAUACCCCGAGGGACUGUCCGGACAGGAGGGAUCAUCUGUCCAUGCCGAGCGCCAUGAUUCCCUGCCUCAACAGCCGAGCCUAUCGCCCACGUUUCUCCUGUUUACCAGACAGCAUUUCAUCAA